GAAUGUUAUAUUAUAAUGUCGAGAAUCACUGGCUGCGAAAUUUUUAAUCAGAACGAUGACAAAUAUAUGCUGUACGCAGAGUGGUAUGAUUCGUAUUUUAAAAUAAUAUUGAUGGAAACGGCAGGAAAACCAUUGAUUGGUGAGAUGAGUACCGAUGAUGUGAAUGAUUUUUCUCGCGAAUUGUCUAAAUCAUCUGACGAGUAUUUCGAAGAGACGAAAAGAAUAUUUUGUGGCAAGGAUAAAACAAUAAAUUUCCUUGUCACAGAAGAAACUUUUCAAUGGAGGAACAAAUUGUGGACUCUCGGGAAAAUCAAAUUAAGUUCUCCAUCGGAUACUCGCUUUAUAUAUCAAAGCUUCCAACAGUUAUUAAAAAUAUACCAACCUAUGCAAGAUAAGAUGAACACAAUGGGAGAAGAAAAUAAAAUUUUAAUAGAUACAAACAAAGAAUUAAGUUCAAAAGUGAAUCAAAUGAUUAAAAUGAAAACUGCUAUGGAAAGAGAUCUUUAUAAGAAGUUUGUACUCGUCUUAAAUUCAAAGAAAAAGAAGCUCAGGGAAUUAGAAAGGAAAGUAGGAAGCACGAAUGAGGAAUCAGUUUAUAAUGCAUCUACAGAUGAAGGCGAGUCAGAAGAAGAAAAAGACAUUGUGGAAAAAAAAUCCACGCGAUGUACCAUAGCCACUAAGAGAAAAUCAACAAAUAAGAAUGUUAAAGAUACACAAGAAAGUAAAAAGAAGAUUAUCUCCUAUGAGAUAAAUCCUAAACCUUCUACAAGUAAAGAAGGUACAACGACGACAAAAUUAAUUAAUUACGAAGAACAGAGUUGUAGCUCUGAACACAGAAAAUCAACAAGCAGUUUAAACUUUUUCGAAGAAGUACCUGAGGAAGAUUUAUUUUCUUAAUCAUUUAUAUUUGUUGUCUUUUUAUACUUAAUUUUAAAAAGAUAAUUUUGUGCAAUGAAAAAUAUGGAAGCGAUUUAUUUAUUCCAGUGAAAAUUCUUAUUGGUGAUUAUGUUUAUCUGUGUGACAGGUAACAUAAUUUUGUCUAAUUUAUUUAAUAAUCGAUAUCAAUGAAAUUGUGUAAUAUAAAUGAUUAUUACAAAAGUGUAUUGUACAUACAUAAAUGUUCAACAACUCUCUUGUAUUCGUAGAUUUUAAUAAAAUUACAAAAGGUCGUGUA